UAGAAUCGAGAGAUCUUUGAGGUUGUCAUCCUCUUUUCUUCUUCUUGAGACAUCUCUUAGAUCCCUCAACUCUCUUUCCAAUUCUUGAAAAUCCCAAUAUUCAAAAUCAAUUUUGGUGUUUUUUUUUUUUUUUGAAAAUUUUCUGUUCUAAUGGCGAAUGUGGAAGAAUCAAGCCCAUUUCUACCCAGUCAAAAAUCUGAUUCAAACAAUGAAAUGAAGCCCACAAAGCCCAGUUCUUCAAAUUCCGGCAAAAUCCCAGCUCCGUCGGCUGCGGCGGAGCCGGUUAAGCCAGCUUCAUCUGCUGUUUCGAUGGGGUGGACAGCUGAGGGUUUACCUAUGGGCCAUAGCGUUGGGACGGCGGUGGUGGGGGAGCCAAUCAUGCGUAGGGCUCAAUGGGAAUCUAGCCUUUGCUCUUGUUUUGGGAAGAAUGAUGAAUUCGCCAGCAGCGAUUUUGAAGUUUGUCUGUUAGGAACUCUGGCACCAUGCGUGCUCUAUGGAAGCAAUGCGGAGAGAAUUGGGUCUUCUCCUGGAAGUUUUACUAAUCACUGCUUGCCUUACACUGGUCUAUUCCUGAUUGGACAGUCCUUUUUCGGCUGGAACUGCAUGGCACCCUGGUUUUCAUAUCCCAACCGUACAGCUAUCCGGCAGAGGUUUAAUCUUGAGGGUAACUGUGAGGCAGUCACCAGUUCAUGUGGGUGCCAUGGGGGCUUUGUUGAGGAUGAGGAACGCCGCGAGCAUUGUGAGUCGACUUGUGACUUCUUAACUCAUAUCUUCUGCCACCCUUGUGCUCUUUGCCAGGAAGGUCGUGAACUUCGUCGUAGGCUUCCUCAUCCUGGAUUCAACGCCAAACCAGUCCGAUUUAUGAUGCCUCCUGGGGACCAGACCAUGGGUCGCUAAUACUAACCGCUAUGCCAUUGACUCCAUAACAUUUGCUACUUGAUUUUAUUUGUUACAAUGUUCUCUAAUAUUAUACUUGGAAUUUUUUCCUUAAUUACUGGAAAAUUUACUUGUAAAACUUGACUGUGUAGGUUAUAAUAUAUAGUAAUGUAUA